CUUGGGUGGGCUUGCUAUUUCUAAUUCAUGGUGUUAUUUUGUACAGAUCCGGGGGUGUCUAUGGAGUUGGUGAGCAUAUACCCUGUAUAUAAAAAAAAGUUUUAAAUGUUUGUUAAAAAAUAAAUGGGACAUGUUUUUUUUUCAUGGAGACAACAUUACAGCAUAACUAAGCUCUACUGACUUGCUCACAUUUAAUUGUAUGUAAUUAUAACAGGGGUGUGCAGAUACUCUGGUUUUCUCAGUUGUCCCUGUGUGGUGCAGCUUUUAAGGGCUUUACAAAUAGCAGGCAGAGGUGAAAGAAUUGCAGUUAUUUUGUGCAUAUUUAGUUACAGAAAACAAAAACAAAAAAUGUUCACAAACUAAAUGCUACUGUGUCUUUAAAUAUGGUAACUAUGUAUGCAAUAUCCCAGGCAGAGCAAGGUUAUAAACAGUUGUUAUGCUUGUAAGCAGGCACAGCUUUAGAGGCUGGCUGGCGGUUGCUACCUGUGUUCAGGCCAUGAAGUACCAAGCACAUUGUCAGCUUGGCUCCUUGCCCUGGGAUCGUCUCCCACAACUGGAGAAACUGCUCCUAUAUACACCUGUUGCUGGGCUUAAUUGGUUGUUAAUUAAUCAAUUAAGUCCCAGCCACAGUGUGCACCUGUAUGUGUCAGGGACAGUAUUAACCCUAUCCCUGCCAAACUGGAAGAGCAGCAAUGCCACAGUGCUUACACCCUGUCACAGUCCCUUUAUGACAUUUUCAUUUGUUAGGUAUUCAUAAAAUUCCCCUUAAAAACGUGUUACGUAUUGAAUACAAAAGAAAGUGUUCCCUGUUUAUGCAAUUGAGUACCAAGAAAUAACAAUCUUAGUGUGGCUUAAUAUAGAACCUGUAGCGAUCAAACUAACUGAAACAUCUCAUAUAUAAUCCGCAAAUAUUUGUCUUAACUCUCUUUUAUCUUUUUGAUAUAAAAUCAUUUAGAAUUCACGUUGCUUAUUUCCUUAGAAAUGUGUCAUUACCACGGUGAAUUAUGAGAUUAUAGUCCUGGGAAAGAUUUAACCUCUUAUAAAAAUCGAAAAAAGAAAUACAUCUGCACUACCCUUAGGGUUAUUAGCAAUUAGUUAAUGUACUAUACAGAACAGAAAAUACUCUUCUUAAUGGUACCCUUAAUUAUACUCUAGUAUUAAUAAGACCAUAAGGGUCAUUACAAACUGUAGACAUUUUUGGAAAAAAAAAACUCAAACAUAAAAGAAUGUGUAUUCUAAUUGUAGGCUACAUAAAGGUGUACCCAUAGGCAUAAUUUACACGCCUCCCUCACUUUAUGAGAAGUCAUUACAAGUUUUGAAUCAGUCCUUUCAAACAGAUUAAAACUAAAGACUUAAAAUAACAGCUUGCAUGCUGUUUAACGUGGUCACGGGGCUAAUAUUACUGCCUGUGUGUGUCUCAGCGUUGUAAGCGUCUGGUCUCCUAGUAACAGCAGUGAGUGCUCCGAGAUUGCAAAUAGCCAAAGGCAGGUGUACUAGGGCCAAAAUGGACUUCAGCUAACUUCGCUUAUUCAAAACAAAACAAAACAAAACAAAAAAAAAAACACAUUUAUACCGGCAGUAUUUUUUAGCAGCAGUGUAGAUUGCAAAGGGAGGGGUUGUGUCUGUUUUCGUAGCUAUGGGUUGUUUGGUCCUUUUUCGUUUUGACAGAAUCUAGGAGUGCAUUUUGGUCUAAGGGCUCCAGAAGCUGCUGUGCUCCUCUGCUAUCAUGGCGCAAUCAGGGACUGGUGACAGGACCACCUGCGAUGGCAGUGAGGGCUACUCGACCCCACUGGAUACUUUCAGCACCCCACGAAAGCCAGGUACAGGUGAAGAGACCCCCAGGCAGAAAGCCAGGAGAAUGUGGAAACUCCUUUACAACACAAUCCGCAGCUCCAUGGUCUGGGUCAAACACUCGUGCUUCAAUCCCACCUUGACGACCCAUGGAAUCCAGCAUAUCUGUCACUUCAGUUCCAACAGCCCGGUCCGCCAUGUGACCUACAACCAGGCCACAGGCGACUUCGUCAGCCUGUCCAGCGAUGGCACCCUGCGGGUGUACCAGUGUGAGGGCAGGCUCCGGGCCUCCUUCCCCUCAGCAGAGCCCUUCAGCGGCAUCGCCAGCACAGUGCUGCCGGACCGCUACGCUGCCUGGGGCCCAGGGAACAGGCUGGCCGUCCUGGACAGGGAGUUCAGGACCAUCUCCAGCACCUGCUCCAGCCGGGAUAUCCACACCUGCCUUUCCAAGGAGGGGGUAUAUGAGCUGGUGGUGGGCGGGGCCGGGCAUGUCUCCGUUUGGUGUCUCCGGCACCUGGUGUGCAGGGUCGAGAUCACAGAAGGACUGGGCACAAGGGACGUGUUCACUGAGCUGGUCCUGCCCAAGGCAGCCUCCCCCAAAUCACAGAGGUGCUUCGCCAUGAGCAGUGCCGGAGUGGCCCUGUUUCAUCUCUCCAAGGGAAUGCUGCUCGCCUACAAGAAGGACCUGCAUCUCUGUAACAUCACUGGGAUUGCCUACUGCAGCACUGCGAAGAGCCUGGCCACUGCGUCCCGCGACGGCACCAUCAAAGUCUGGGACGAAGACUGGGGGGUUCAGAUGGUCUUCGCCGGGCACACUGGAGCCGUCACAGCCCUGGCCGCGUGUCCCCACCUCCCUCAUUUCUUCUCCUCCUCUCUGGAUGGCACUUUGCGAGUUUGGAGCCUGGAGACAGGAGACCAGCUGGAGAAGAUCCACACUGGGCCUGCGCUGGGGCUGGGGAUGAAGAGCACAGAGAAGGACGGGGUGGAAAGGUUGGGGAAGAAAGCCAGCAGGCUGCUGUGCUCUUACUCCAGGAAGGGCGUGGACUUCUGGGCCCUGACCCACCUGUAUGCUCUCCACACCCCACUAGGAGGCGCUCCAAUCAGAGAGAUCCAGACUGUCAGCCUGCCUCUCUACCCCACCAGGAUGCUGUGUGUCAGUGACGAUGGCACAAUCAGGCUCAUUGCAGCAGAGACAGGGGAGGUCAUCACCACUUUCAUACUGGAGGAGGGGAAGAGGACGAAGUGGGUGGACUACUGCCUGCCCUGGGAGACCCUGUUCGUCCUGACUGAAGAAGGGGAGGUCCUUAGGAUCAACACGCUGACCAAUCCCGCCACCCUGCUGAAGCAGGGGGCGAGGCCACAGAGUGUGGGCGGGUCACCUGUCGAUGCUGCCACGACAGAGUCUGGGCUAGGGAAGAGGAAAGCCAAAGCCUGCUGCCUUGUGGUUUACAACUACAUCAUUGACCCAGAGAAAGCUUUCUCCUGCUGGACUGAGGUGGUGGAAAAUGGAGGGGAGAAACGGAAGAGGAAGCCGAAGGAAAUUAAGCAGGAGAGGAACAGGUACAUGCUCAUCGUGGGGCAGGAGGAUGGCUUCCUAGCGGUGCUGGACUGGUACUCCGGGCAAAUUCAGUACCAGACAGAGGCUCAUAGUUCCCAAGCCGUAACCGGAUUGGUGACCAACCUUGAGAACAAUUACAUCAUCUCUGCUGGAGGUGACAGGUCGGUGAAGGCCUGGCGGGUGUUCCCCUACGCGGAGGAGUCUCUCAGUCUCCAGGUGACUUUUUUCUGCGGCCAACCACCCCUCAGGAUCAGCGUCAUGGACUCGCUGCUAGCUGUCGCCUUCCAGGACUUCUCUAGCGCCACCUACAGCAUCGUCCAGUUCAACCUGCUGACCAAAAGGCGCACUGACCACUCGCCCAACGAUGACCCUCAAGACAAAAUCACAGGGCUGUGCACUUGCCCUCGGAUGAAGAUCUUUGCCUCCUCUAGCCUGGACGGGAUUAUCAGAAUCUGGGACCGGGACAAUGGGCUGAUCAGAUCGCUUUGCCUGAAUGCAGCACCAGAGAGCCUGGCAUUCUGCAGCAUGCGUGGAGACCUCCUGGUGGGGAUCGACGGGCACCUUCACUGGAUCCACCACACUAAGUUCCUGCCCAGGCACUACCUCUACAUGAUGAUGUGUAUGGAAUUCUCUGAGCCCAUUCCGGACCCGCCUAUUCCCAUCUCGGAAGCAGUGCUGCAAUCCCUGAGCCCCGCCCACCUCAGGAAGUUAAAGGGAUCCCUUCUAACCAGGCAGAGGAAAGCUCUGCCACUGGCAGAGACAGAGCGUGCAGAGUAUGAGGAGUACGAGAGGGAACUGCAGGAAAGAGCGGAGGCCUAUGCCAUGCUGGCUGCCCGGGACAGGGAGCUGCUGCUUUUAAAGCAGGGAGAACUGCAGAGCAGGAAGAAACCGAAAGGCAGCAAGAGCACCAAGAAGGAGGCUUUCAGACGCUACCUGCACCUGCUCCACCUGGACCGGCCACAGAUACAGAUCCCUGACGUUGAUCUCUUUGAUCUCAACGAGGCCCUGCGUAGCCCCCGGCCCCCUCCCCCGGAAGCUCCGUACAUCCCUAAGACUGAGAGGGGGGGCUUCUUCCCUGACCACGCCCUGGCCAGGCACUCGGGUCCGUGCUCAGAGACAGAGGAGUACCAAACCAGGGAGAAGACACCCGAACAGGUGUGGAGGGACAGUGUUCUGCCAGUCCUGUCUCUAGGCUUCAUCCCUAACUCUGUGCUGGCUGGGCUGCUGUGGCCUCCAGAGAUCCUGGACAAGGGAGAGGAGGUGCAGGCCAAGACCUGGAAGCUGCCAGCCAGAGCAGAUAACCAGCUGGAUGAGAUCAAAUACAUGGAGUUCCAGCAUGAUAUGGGUUCGAUGCUGGGGAGUGAAGACGAGGACAAGGACAAGGAGAUGGAGCUGCUUGACGAGGUUCCUGUCAAGGAGGACAUCACUAGACCCUCCCCUGAGCCACUGGAAGAGGAGCCCCCUCAGAACUUCCAGCCUAAAACAAAGCUGUCCAUGCCCCGCCCCAAACCUGUUAUCAAGCCCCGCCCACACCUGAGCCCAACUCCUCCCCCACGGAAUGCGGCGCCUGUGAGAAAGACAAGCUCCCACGCUCUCCCAAUGUUCAUCCUUCAGUUUGUGAAUCAGAGUUGGUUUCAAUUGACGUUCUCAGAAAAGAGCUUCUCCAAGACGAUGACAUUGGACUCGUUCAUGAAGCAGCUCAUGCAGCAGUUGAAGACCAAGGAUUACUGUGUAAAGACAGGCAUCCUGGGUGCAGUGCAGACUCUCCUCCAGCAGGAGGGGCUGGAGAUAACCAUGGACCUCCACAACCUGCUUCUGUCCAUCCUGAACCAGCCCAACGCCCCCACACUUAGGGACCCAGACGAGCGGGAGUUCAUCCAUGCGGCUCUGACGACUCUGGUCAGCAUCGCUCCCCACAGCAAGGAGCUUCUGUUGGAGAUGAUGGUCCAGCUCAUUUUAUGUGACGAGGUGUUCAGGAAGAGGGUUGAGUCCUUAUGGCAGAAGAUGGAUCUUGAGGACCCUCAUGACUACCUGGGACAGGAGCUAUCCUCCUGGGACGAGUGGCCACAGGGAAUGGGCUCUGCUAAGACACAGCUCCGCAAGCAGACCACAGACUGGCUCAAUCACUGGAUAGCAAAGUACAAGAUUGAGUCAAAGUCAUCGGAUUGCAAGCCAAUUGAAGCAGUGAACUAUUUCUGCUCAGAGCAGCACAAGAAAUGGCUUGUGGCAAACAGGCCGCCGGUGUCCGUCCCUCUGGAAAAGAACACUGUGCUUCUACUGCCAGACAUCCGCAGAUCCCAUGCAAUCCUAAGACUGGGAGAGACCAACAGCAUGGCAAGGACACGCCCAGUAGAGUAUAUCACCUUGCCUCCCAUCUCCUCGCGGCCCCUGCUCUCUGGUUUCGUCCCCUACAUGGCCUUCCCCCUGCCCAAAGUUAACCUGUGCCCUUUCACCUCCCCUGAGGACCCCGCAAAGCCAGACCCCUCCUGCAGGUUCCUGGGGGCAGCGCCGCGCUACUUCUUCCUGGAGCACUCGUACGCUGACAACUACAAGUAAUCACUGGAGGACGCUGGUAAACAUUUUUGUCAGGUUGUUUUUGGCCUCGAUGGUACAAUAACCAGACAAUGGGCCUGAUUUUCCACUGUUGGCAAAUUGCCCAUGUAAUACUAUGGAGGGCGCAAUAUGCCCAUGGCCAGUAACAUCAGUCAUGUAUGUCUGUCUGUGUGUCCUGCAUCUGAAGAAUGUAUCCAUUAAGAACAUUAAAGAAUUCUAGAUUGAAUACAAUUCCCUCUAAUAGAUGACGGGUUUGUGUUUGAAUUCUUUAUUUUACAGGGAUGCUACAGGUAUUAUUGUUUUUAAUGCACAGAUUUGAAUUGUGAAAAUGUACAUUGAACUGUCGUCGUGGC